GCCACUUUCAAUGGCGCCUUGAGCUCUCUCGCUCUCUCUCUCUCGAAAUUAGGUAUCAGAAUCAGAAAGAUCGUAUCUGUCAUUUGACCUCCAUGAUCAUGAACCCUCGCGAGCUUACUCUAAUCUCCACAGCCACGAUUUUCGGCGCCAUAGCUUCCGCAUUCGCUUUUCGCUUCUUCUUCUCCUUCAACAGCAACAAGCAAUCUCGCCGCCGAUCCGAUUCGCCGGCGAACGGCGUCGUUCGGAAGAAUUGCUCUUCUCAGAGCCCCUUCGAUCCCUCGAAACGAAAAGGAUAUUUGUCAUGGGAUGAUUAUUUCAUGGCUAUAGCAUUCUUAUCAGCGGAAAGAUCCAAAGAUCCUAACAGGCAGGUUGGAGCGUGCUUGGUGAGUGAAAAUGGUAUAAUUCUAGGUAUUGGCUACAACGGUUUUCCUAGAGGUUGUUCGGAUGACAAGCUUCCUUGGGCAAAGAAAUCGAGAAGCGGGGAUCCUCUGGAGACCAAGUAUCCUUAUGUUUGUCACGCUGAGGUCAACGCUGUCCUAAACACAAAUCACGCUUCAGCUGCUGGACAGAGGCUCUACGUGACCAUGUUCCCUUGCAACGAGUGUGCAAAGAUAAUUAUUCAGUCAGGUGUGGCUGAAGUGAUAUACUUCGUUGAGAAAAAGUUGAACGAUUCAAAUGUUGCAUAUAUUGCUUCUCAUAAAUUGCUAUCACUGGCUGGUGUUAAAGUUAGGAAGCAUCAACCGCAACUGGACCACAUUUUGAUCAAGUUUGAGGAGCCCUAAAGUUUGAUUAUUAAUUUGAUCAAGUUAUCAAGCAUAAACAGAUCGAGCAAACCUUGUUGCUCCCUCUAAUGUUUGUCCUCCAGUUGUAUCUGCAUUAUUAUUGCUUGAUUUCGAACUCUGGUCCGGUUAUUUUUAGCCACGCUUCACAUGUUUUUGUUUGUGUUCUGGAAUCUGGAUGAUAACAAAUUUCUCACAUUCUUGUAAUGGGCGAUGCGAAUUCGAAAGAAAGAUAAUUAGAAAGGAGUAUGUGAAA